GGAGCCAUGAAACUCUCUGACACAGGGUAGAAAGAUAGAGUGAGGAUAGAGAUAGAUAGACCAUGAAGGCAUGAAACACAGUCAAUUGCAUGAAACAAAGACCAAUUCAUGUCACUGUGAACCGAACCAAAGAUGCCAUUGAUUCUUUGUCCCUGUAAGUCCCUUUCCUUUUGCUUUUUCAAGAAGAAAAUACCAAAUACGAAACUUCCACCCCAAAAAUUUUGCGCUUUUACUAAUAAAUUUGCAAUUUUGGGCACUACCCAUGUUGCAUUUGGCUCAAGAAAUGGGGAACUUUUUUUGGGGAACGAGUUGUCUCAAGAGGCCGUUGAUGUAAGAAUCCCAGAGCAAGAAACGCUUGAGUUGCUGAACAAGCCUUCACUGGUUCCCAUUAGAAAUGGGUCGUUUCCUGAAAUUGAGGUGGAGACAGAGAAAGCUUCCAUUGAGGUAAAGGGAGAUGAUGGGGUAUUGGAAGUUUCUGAGGAAAGAGAUGAAAUGGGUGUUGAUGAAAAUGAAGAAGAAGAAGAAGGGGCUAAGAAGGUGAACAAUGCUGAGUACUAUGAGCCCAAGCCUGGGGAUUUUGUGUUUGGUGUUGUUGUUUCAGGUAAUGCAAACAGGCUCAAUGUCAAUGUGGGAGCUGAGUUACCAGGGACAUUGUUGACUAAGGAGGUGCUUCCCUUGAACAGUAAUGAAAUGGAGUACUUGAUAUGUGAUGGGAAUAAGAAAUGUGAAAAGAAUUUUAUGGCACAUGGGAGGAUGGGAAUUCUGAAGAAUGAUGAAGAUGAUGAUGAUGCAAUAAAUGGGGUGAUGGUGGUGCCGGUAGGAAACACUGUUGUUGAGAUUGGGACCAUUUUGUUUGCUGAGGUUUUGGGUAGAACACUAACUGGUAGGCCAUUGCUCUCUACUAGAAAGCUCUUCCGCCGGAUCGCUUGGCAUCGACUGAGGCAGAUAAAACAGCUCAAUGAACCUAUAAUGAUUAGAGUCACCGAGUGGAAUAUUAGCGGCCUGCUAACAAGGAUUGAGGGUAUGCGAGCUUUCCUACCCAAAGCUGAGCUUGUAAAAAGAGUAAAUAGCUUUACUGAAUUGAAAGAAAAUGUCGGAUGUUGUAUGUAUGUACAAAUUACUGAAGUAGAUGAAGCUAAAAACAAUGUGAUAGUUAGUGAGAGAGAAGCCUGGGAAAAGCUUUAUCUUCGAGAAGGAACACUUCUUGAAGGGACCGUGAAAAAGGUUCUUCCUUAUGGAGCCCAAAUAAGAAUAGGAGAAACAAAUAGAUGUGGAUUGCUGCAUGUUUCAAAUAUCACUCGAGGGGGAGUUACAUCUGGCAGCGACAUACUUUCUGUUGAUGAAAAGGUUAAAGUUCUGGUGGUGAAAUCGGCAUUUCCUGGUAAAAUUUCUUUAAGCAUCAGGGACCUUGAAAGUGAACCUGGCCUAUUUCUAUCAAAUAGAGAGAGAGUAUUUCUGGAGGCAGAUAUGAUGGCCAAAAAAUACAAGGAAAAACUACCUCCUGCUCUUACCAGUCAACAAUCAAAAUCAGUUUCAAACAGUGCCCUGCCUUUCGAAAACGAAGCACUUUAUGCUAAUUGGAAGUGGUUCAAGUUUGAGAAAUAGUGAUGAAACAAAUGAACCUUGAAAGCAUAAAGUUAUUGAUGGGCAAGUUCCAUUGAGAGAACUUGACAUUAUAUGGACUAUGGAACACCCAGUUCCAAGACAGAGGGGACCUUCUUUCACAGACAACAUUCUGAGCCUCAAAAUGGAAGUUUCUGAUUCCUUUACGAAUUGAUUUGGCAUGCAACCCAGAGCGCAUACAGCUGGGAUGUCCUUUUUUUCUUUCUUGUUUAUUGAAUUCUGCUUGUCAUUUUACAUGUAGGUCCAUGUAGCUGCAUGUAAGUCUGUAAUUUUUAUGAUUACAGUUUGCUUCAACUUUGAUGCUUUUAUGUUUUUACUUUUAUAAGGCUUUGUACCACAUGUAUUGCUAAUUUUGAGGCAGUAAGUGAUGUUCCAAGAAGUGGAAUCAUCCGUUUGUAGCUUAAAAUAAUGAGUAAACCUUUAUUUUAUGUCAACACUCGACUGGAUUACAUGGAGAAUAAUAUUCAAACACUUCGAUUA